UAUAUUUUUAAGCAGAGGUUUGAUAAAGCUCGCGGUUCAAGGAGAGUGACCUAGUAGCGACCAGUGAAGAGGCGGGGCCAGGAGCUGGGACUCGACCCCUGCAACCUCAACUAGCAGAACCUGCUGCUGACGACCAAGUAACCAGGUGGGCUGCAGGUAACCAGGUGGGCUGCAGGUAACCAGGUGGGCUGCAGGUAACCAGCUGGGCUACAGGUAACCAGGUGGGCUGCAGGUAACCAGGUGGGCUGCAGGUAACCAGGUGGGCUGCAGGUAACCAGGUGGGCUGCUUCCACGCUCACCACCACCUCCAAUAUAUCACCGGGGUUACUCUGCUUGCUUCAGGGAGAUGGUGACACCGUGUCGUGACAUGGUGUGGGCGGCGCUGGUGCUCCUGGUCGUGUCUUCCACGCCCACACACGCCCAUUUCGGCAGCUGUGAAGACCACACCCCACACUGUCCUGCGUGGGCAGCCAGCGGACGCUGUCAGACCAACAUUCUCUUCAUGCUCAACAACUGUCCGGUCAGCUGCGAUGCCUGCAUUGAUCCUGACUGUUACGACAGGAGUGUGUACUGCUCUUGGAGGGUCCGGCUAGGAGAAUGCCAGACCAACCGGCAACAGAUGUUAGCCUUCUGCCGCCACUCCUGCGGCGCCUGCAGGGUUGAUAAUGCUUCCUUCAGGCGGGUUCUCACCACCAAAAUCAAAUCCAUCGCUAACCCAGAUUUUGAGUGUGGACGAGGAGCAGCAGUGAGCAGCAGGAAGGCCAGACAGAUCAUAUUUCCUGAUGAGUUAGUGCGAUUACGGGGAACUCCAGCCAUUAAGAGAGCGACGCAAGCAGCCAGGAAGCCUAUAGCUAUUCUACCAGGUAAGGUGGACAUGAUGACACCAGUGACCAGACAAGCAGUGAACGUGAACGAGACAUUCUGUGGGGCUACACCCAUCUCUGAUCGCUACCUGGUGACGGCUGCCCACUGCGUCUUCAAUCCAAAAUUCCCGGUGCGGACGGUGAGGCUCGGCGAGCUCGACUUCUCCAAGGACGAUGAGGCCAACUCCAAGCCUGUUGACUAUGAAGUCGAGCAGAUCAUCGUUCAUCCUGAUUUUGACCCUGAGUCCAACGAGCGGUACAACGACAUAGCACUGCUCAGGACGGUGCAGAAGAUCGAUUUCAACGAAUUCGUCUUUCCUUACUGCUUAACGAGGGAACGUCCCAAACCAAAGACCCUCGUCACCGGCGCCGGCUUCGGCUUGAUCAAUGCUACGCACCAGUCCCCCAUCCUGCAGGAGGCUGAACUGGAGGUGGUGGACACGGCAGACUGUGAGAACAUCUACAAGAAAGAGGACCUUGAGCCUCAACUCAGGGUAAUCUAUCCCAACCUACUGAAAGAUAGAGACGUCAUGUGUGCCUCCUACCCAGAGAGGAGCGCUUGUCAGGGUGACUCAGGAGGGCCGCUCUUCCUGGACAACCAGGGUCGACGCUACCUGGUAGGGAUCGUGGGUUCUGGUGUCUCCUGCCGGGGUAGCGGUAUCUCCAGCCUGCCCGGCCUCUACGUCAGCGUAGCAAACCACAUCGAAUUUAUUGAUAGCGUUUUGUACGGUGGUGGAGGACAGUAGUGGUACACACAACACACACACACACACACACACACACACACACACACACACACACACACACACACACACACACACACACACACACACACACACACACACACGUGCAAAGGUUUGCGACAAGGCUAGUUCCAGAGCUAAGGGGAAUGUCUUAUGAAGAAAGGUUAAGGGAAAUCGGCCUGACGACACUAGAGGACAGGAGGGUCAGGGGAGACAUGAUAACGACAUAUAAAAUACUGCGCGGAAUAGACAAGGUGGACAAAGACAGGAUGUUCCAGGGAGGGGACACAGAAACAAGAGGCCACAAUUGGAAGUUGAAGACACAAAUGAGUCAGAGAGAUAUUAGGAAGUAUUUCUUCAGUCAUAGAGUUGUAAGGCAGUGGAAUAGCCUAGAAAAUGACGUAGUGGAGGCAGGAACCAUACACAGUUUUAAGACGAGGUUUGAUAAAGCUCAUGGAGCGGGGAGAGAGAGGGCCCAGUAGCAACCGGUGAAGAGGCGGGGCCAGGAGCUAAAACUCGACCCCUGGAACCACAAAUAGGUGAGUACACACACACACACACACACACACACACACACACACACACCAAAUACGUUGACAGUAGUUUUUUUUUUUUUCUUAAAUAAAUCAAUUAUCAAGGUUUAAAGUGUUAUGGACGCUAGAUUAAUUCUGUGUUUGAAACAAUCUUAUCUAUCUUCUGAAUAAUGUUCCAUAAAUAACAAAAAAGGCACAAUACCGUGACUGGAACGAUACACAAAUAACCCGCACAUAAAAGAGAGAAGCUUACGACGACGUUUCGGUCCGACUUGGACCAUUGACAAAGUCACACUGUGUAUAAUGUUUCAUACAUAUGCACUCCAGGGCAAUAAUGACCCGUGUGUUUUCUUGCCUAUUUCUGCACUUACUCACAUGUCACUGUGUGGCCGAGUGGACCAGAGCGCUGCCUGGGAAUCUUCACUCUCCUCAGUAGUAGUUUCGAAUCCUGCUGACUGCGAUCUUUCUCUGUGUGUGUGCUCACCUAGUUGAGGUUGCGGGGGUCGAGUCCGAGCUCCUGGCCCCGCCUCUUCACUGAUCGCUACUAGGUCACUCUCCCUGAGCCGUGAGCUUUAUCAUACCUCUGCUUAAAGCUAUGUAUGGAUCCUGCCUCUACUACAUCGCUUCCCAAACUAUUCCACUUCCUGACUACUCUGUGGUUGAAGAAAUACUUCCUAACAUCCCUAUGAUUCAUCUGUGUCUUCAACUUCCAACUGUGUCCCCUUGUUGCUGUGUCCAAUCUCUGGAACAUCCUGUCUUUGUCCACCUUGUCAAUUCCUCUCAGUAUUUUGUAAGUCGUUAUCAUGUCCCCCCUAUCUCUCCUGUCCUCCAGUGUCGUCAGGUUGAUUUCCCUUAACCUCUCCUCGUAGGACAUACCUCUUAAACCUGGGACUAGUCUUGUUGCAAACCUUUGCACUUUCUCUAGUUUCUUUACGUGCUUGGCUAGGUGUGGGUUCCAAACUGGUGUGUGCGUGUGUUUGUGUGUGUGUGUGUGUGUGUGGUGUGGUGUGUGUG